UGUUUGGGUUUGCUAUUUCUGGAAUUUUGGCAGUAGAGAGCAACAUGGAGGGAGAGACGGCUGUAUCCGAGGAAUCCAUCCGUGAGUCGCAGAGUAUGUGUGCUGGUGAACGGGAGUAUGUUCACAAGAGGAAAAAAAUUGUUCUGGCGUCUCUCAACGGACUGGGAGUCAACUGUUCUGAAGACUCUGUUCCCAACAUCGCUCUGCUGGCUUCAGGUGGCGGUCAGAGGUCAGCGGUGGGUCUGGUGGGUUCCCUCUAUCAGAUGGAAAAAGACGGUCUGUUGGACUCUGUGCUCUACCUGGGAGGAGUUUCUGGGUCAACAUGGGCCAUGGCCUUUCUGUACAGUGACCCAGAAUGGAGCAAGGACAUGGACAUGACCUUGUCCAGGCUGAUGGAUUCAGAGGUUGAGCUGGAGGCGGUUCUGUCCUGGCUGGUCAAGAGAGCGACUGAGGAGGAUUUCUCCCUAACUGAUAUCUGGGGGGCGUUGACCUCUGCUGGGAUCAUGAAACAGAUGGACCUGCGAAAUCUUUCUGGUGAGGCCAACAGAAACACAACCAACCCCUAUCCCGUCUACUGUGCCAUCGAGAAGUUCGGCUAUUCAGACGGGCCGAUGGAAGGGAAGUGGUUUGAGGUGACUCCUCAUGAGGCCGGUUUCACAGAGUUGGAUCUCUACGUUGAAACCUCCCUUCUUGGCAGCAAGUUUCAGAGCGGAGCGCUGGUUGAGAAGAAACCUGAGAUGGACAUGGUCAAACUGCAAGGUGUUCUGGGUUCUGCGUUGGCGCAUGAAGAGAUGAUCAAAGAGGUCAUCCCUCACUGGCUGAACGUGCCUGGACAGAUGGACUCUGCAGGAGACGAGUACCUGCUUGUUUACACUGCCCUCGAUAAAUUCAUCGCUCUGACCAGAAACACCAUGAUGCAUCCAAGAUCUCAGUCUAACCUGGAUAAACUGCAGAAACUUCUUGCCGACAUUGACAAGACUAACCGAGAUGAACAUGCAAGCCAUGAGUCAAUGAGUGCAGAAGAAAAGAAAAGUUUAUUCAAGCAGUGGACUCUGAAGCUGGUGGCCGUGGUGGAGCUCUGGAGCCAGAGUCUGGAGGAGGGACCUUUUAAAACACAGGUCGCUUUUAUAAUUACUCGUGUCCUUCCUCUGAUUUUGAAGUGGGAGUGGGGAACCACCAACAACUAUCUCUACAAAUACAGAAACUCCAGCGUUCCGCCCUGCCUGACUUCUCGGGAGAAUUUCUACCUGGUAGACGCCGGGAUUCUAAUCAAUAACCCCUACCCGUCAUUUCUGGGAGACAAGAGAGACAUUGACCUCAUCAUUGCUCCAGAGUACAGCGCAGGAAUCAUGUUCGAGCCUCUGACUUUGGCCAGAGAUUAUGCAGCCCAGCUGAAGAAGCCUUUUCCAGAGAUAGAUGAGAAGAUCCUGGAGGACAGAGACUGGCCAGCGGACUUCUACGUGUUCGAAGGUAAAGGGAAGGAGCCCACCAUCGUUUACCUGCCGCUCUUCAACAAGAAAAACUGCAAAGAUGCAGAGGAGGUCCAAGCCAGGAUGUCAGAGUUCUCCACCUUCCAGCGUCCCUUCAAUCAGGAGAAAUCCCGGUUUGUGCUGGACACGGCAAAAGCAAACAUGGAGAACAACAAAGAAAAUCUGCUGAGAGAGAUCAACAGGGCCGCUCUCCGCAGAGACAAGAGGCAGAGGAGUCAAUGAUUACUGCAAAAAAUCUCUGAUUCUUGUCUUUUUGGUUUUGUGCAACCCAACUGUGUGUCUUAACUGUACCUGUAAUGUAAUUUCUGAGAAUUUUCAGCAUAGUAUUACCAGUACCCAACCAUGUACUCAUGUUUCCUUAAACGAUGGGCUGCACUGACAUAUACCACAAAUAAAGAUCAAUGCGUGAGAGUACCUGA